CAUCGUUAUGUAUACCCCUUCGUCUUAUUCGUCCUCGCAAUCAGGCAAACCGCCUACCUGGCCAAUGGUUCCCCUAUCUGAACUGGAAAUCAAGAUUCCUGUUCGAACAUCGAGUCUCGGCCCGCUGCUCCCACCUGAGGCACACAUCUCAUCCCCAUCUCCAGAUCCGUCUAACCUAGGUCGUUACAAUGACGGCGCUCUAUCUCGCAAGUCAACUGUUCGUAGCACCUUGACAUUCCGUUCUCCUGAUGUCUCGCCAAAGACACAGUCGCCGCCCUCGUCUUCAUCAAUCGAGAAGGACAAGAAGAACCUUGAGCGUGCAGUCACCGGGCUUCACAACCUCAUGGAAGAAGCCGUGACCAUCGCCCAGGACGCCGCUCAGAACAACAGAUCCCAAGAUGUCGCUCAAAUCCUCGAUGAAGCCAAGAUCGUUCUUCGCAAGUCAAGCACCAUCCAUGGCUACAUGGUUCCACCACUUCGUAUUGACGACACUGAAAGCGACGAGUACUUCUCCUCCGAUGAGUACGAUCAAGGCUCUGAUUCUGAUGCCGACAUCGAGUCCAACAUCUCAUCUAUCCAGCCGAAGCAAGAAGCAUCCAAUGCCAGCAUCCCAACUGCUUACACUAAAAGCAAGAGUGGACUCUCUUUGGAGCCAGCUCCCACUGCUUCACCGACUCCUGCCGUUCCACGUUACUCGAUCAGGCAUCACUCGGUCGUUCAUCCAAUCCUGAGCCCACCCUUCGAGAGUGACGGCAAGCGCCCUUCGUCGCAGGAGGCCAAUGUUGGGCCGUCGUCCUCGGAAGACUUCUCCAUGACUCAAACUCCGCCUCAGAUGUACUCUAAGCUGUCAACAGGUUCUACCAUGCAUGAUUGGGCUUAUGCCAAGCGGCCUUCAACUCGUCGUGACCUCCGAGGCGGUUCGGAGCCUGGGCCAGUCAACCAAGACGAGACUGUCCUGCCACCUCCACCAGGAGAAAGCGCUGGCGUUGUGUUGCCUCCUGCCAUCCCUCAAGAUGCGUCAGUGAAAACGCCAGAGCAAAUUCCGCAUGAGCCCCUUCGUCUCUCGAUCCCAGAUGUGCCGAAACGAAGAUCUAUUCGACCUGUCCGUUCUGACCCUCAACUAUCAAGCACACCCUCACCACCUCCUCAGCCAACAGUACCGUACGCUGUCUAUGACCCAAGACAUUAUGUCACUUCAUACUACCCAUCAACUCAGUAUCCAGCUGCCAACCCACCAGAGGUAGCAGGACCCGUUCUGACUUCAGCUCCUCCCAAAAGAUGGAAACCAAAAGCUGGCGCAAGUCGCAUCUUUGAGUCAUCGUACUACCACGUUCCAGAACGUAGAGAAGUACCCGUGGCUCUUCCUGCGGCGACUCAACCUGCUUUGCCCAUUGUACCUGGACAACCGCCUCUUUCUGGUCAGCCUGCGCUCCCCGCAGGUCAAGCACCGCCAGCAAAUGCUCCAUCUCCCGAUCUGAGCUUGAAGCACCCACGCAAGAACCACAUCAGUCUGAAAGACGAACAAGGAUUCCGCUUCCACAGGUAUCGUCGUUCACCCAUUGCCAGAGAGUGGAAGAUAGGCCGCAAACGCAUCACCGCCAUCAUUGCUUGUUUCAACACCAUGCUUGUUGGGCUGAUCGCUGGUAUCUAUUNNCUGUACCUCGGCAUGGGAAUCACUACCCUGAUUUGUUGGCCACUUCCACUGCUUCACGGCAGAAGACCGUACACAUUGGCAGCGCUCGCAAUCGCAAUCCCGCUCCAAUUUCCUCAGUCUAUUGCGACCGCUUUCUACAGAGGUCCACAUCUGACCAGAGCUCUUGUUGGUCUACUCGUUCCUCGUUUCUUCCUCGGUUUGGCUCUCGGCUUUGCACAUAUCAACUUUNUGUCGACCUUGCUGGAUCUGUUCGGCGCCUCUCUUCAAUCACGAAACCCGCAUCAAGAGAUUGUUGUCUACGAUGAUGUUCGACGCCAAGGAGGUGGUAUGGGCAUCUGGCUGGGUCUUUGGUCUUGGUGCUUUGUCGGAUCUCUGGCUCUCGGAUUUUUGAUUGGCGCCUCAAUCACUCAGCACCUUGCUCCGUCCUGGGGAUUCUACGUUGUCGUCAUUCUUCUUUCGUUCUUCAUCCUGGUCAAUGUUGUUGCACCUGAGACACGCCGUGCUCCAUACCGUCGAUCAGUGCUGAGAUACUUGGACGAGGAAGAGAGACUCAAGAAACGUGUAGCACGUGGCGAAGUCAAGCUACAUCUCGACCAAGAUGGACCCAAGUACUGGUGGGAAGAGGUCUGGGCUGGUAUGAGACUUAUGGCUCACAUGUUUUGCCAAUUCGGCUUCUUUGUGCUCGCCGUCUAUCUGGCUUGGAUCUACGCCUUGGUAGUACUCAUUACAUUGUGGAUCGGCUUGGCUGUGUUCGCUGUCGCAGUGGGCGCAGCGCUCGCCGUUCCCUUGACAAAGGCCAACGUCUUCUCUCGCGACAGAGUUCAGCCGAUGCGUACUGACAGUGGUACAUUUGAGCCGCGUGUUACAUGGUCGUCGCAUCUCCUCAGACGAUGCUUGUUCACCUUUGCCCUGCCUGUCGCUGGACUCGUCUAUGUCCUAGCCUCUCCCGGACCCAAAGUCAAGGCAGCUGGACCCACCGUUCUCGCUGCGAUCAUCGGAUUCCUCUCAUGUCUCGCCGUCGCAGAGUGCAUUGGGUUGACAAUGGAAGCUUUCGAUACCAGUGAUCUCCAGCCCGGUGUCAACAGCAAACACCGUCUGGCAAGUAUGGAGAGUGCCACUCGCAGGAGACGCACAAACUAUUCGUCUUACCCACGUGUAUGUGCAGGUAUCUUCGCCGCGCAAGGAUUGGGAUUCUUCAUUGCAGCUGCUGCAACUGCUGUGAGUGGCAGUGUGACCAGAGCUCUUGGUGCACAGGCUGCGACUGGUGUGACUGUCGGAAUCCUGCUGGGAUUGACCAUGCUGCUUUCGCUUGUCAUGUGGCGCUUCAGGUCUGUUCAAGUUAUUCCAAACGGUGCUUUCGGGUCUCGCGGAGGAGGCAGUAUCGAUGCAAAGGCGGAACAAGAUUGGAAGCCUGUGGUCAUUGGCAAUCCAUCUGGGAAGAUGAGACGCAUGAAUUUGCUUGAAAUGGGAUCUUUCAGCAGAUGGACAGAGAUUCGCAAGCUGAACCACUUGAUCAGCGACAAGAAGCGGUAUGUGGGU